AUGCUGGAGCUGGCGCAGACGAUCUUCGCGGCCGCCAAGUCGAACGACCUCGGGACGGUCCAGCGCCUCAUCGAGGAGCUCUCGGAUGACGACAAGGCGUUUGACGUCAACCGCCUCGUCGACGAGAGCACCGAGAGCACGCUCAUGCACAUCGCGUGCUCCAAUGGCAACUUAAAUGCGUGCAAGUACCUCUUCAUGUCGGGCAUGUACCUCAACGAGCCCAACAAGCGGGGCCACACGCCGCUCUUCUAUGCCGCCGACUGCGGCAACUUGCCGCUCGUCAAGUGGAUGGUCUCGAACGGCGCCGACAUCGAUACCGACUACAGUGGCAAGGCGCACAUGACCAAACCCGCCGACGACCGCUGCUACGACAUUGCCUUUACGCCACUUCAAGCCGCGUGCGUCAAGGGCCACGUCGACAUUGUCGACUUUCUAGUCGAGUGCAACGCCGACCUCGCGGGCUCGGCAAUCAACGGCGUCACGCCGCUCCACUACGCAUGCCACCAGAGUCGCAAAGACGUGGCCAAGGUGCUGCUGGAUGCUGGCGCCGACCUCCACGCUGCCGAUGGCUUGGGCGUCACGCCCAUGGACCUCGCGUCUGGGCACACGCAAGCGUUCCUCUCGACGUAUGCGGAGCACGGGACGUUCGAAGCCAACGACGACGGGCUCGACACGAGCGGCGGUGGCGACGAUAACGACGACGCUGCGUCGGACGACGAGACCCGCAAGCCCAUUUCCGAAGCGAUUGCCAAGGCGUUUGGCGCCGCAACUGCGCGCCAGCUCGGCUCGAGCGAGUGGAAGACGCGGCAGCAAGGCGUGGCCGACGUCGUCCUUGCCGUCCAACAGCAGCAGAAGCCGAGCGCGGCCAUCUUUGAUGCGGCCUGCGACGUCCUGCUUCUCGCCGCGCGGGACUCGGUCGUGCAAGUCUUUUCGAGCUCGAUGCCGCUGCUCAAAGCCGCCUUCAACAGCGUCCUCGCCACAUCGGCCUUUCACUCGGUCGCGUACCACGAUGCGCAUCCGCGCAUCGCCGAGAUCAUCGAUGUCCUCCUGACGCGCGCGGCCGGGGCUCAUGAGCGCGAGGCGAGCGAAGCGGUCACGUCGCUUCUCUUCCUCGCGUGCAAGAGCGAGCACGCGACGUCGCGGAUGACGCACAACAUUACGACGCAGAUGCUGCCAAAAAGCAAAGCCGUCGCGGGAUGGCGCCAUAUCUUGGUCUUCAUUCGUCUCUUGACCGCGAUCGCGAGCCAGUACCGGUUCUCGAAAGGCAGCGGCCUCCUCUUUGAAGAUGCGAUGAAGAUCAGCGGCUUGACGCUCGAGCAUUCGAAUGCGAAAGUGCGCACGGCCGCUAUCGACCUCCUCGUGCAAGCCAUUCUCAUUACGAGCGAGUCGAGUGGACUCGAGGGCACGGCCGAUGAGAUUGGCGAUCAGAUUCUGUCGUUUGCAGACUCGCUCUUGCUCAAAUACGUCGGUCAAGUCAAGCCGUCGCUUCUCGGCAACAUCAACAAGGGGCUCAAGGCCGCUCUUCAAAACAGCAAGCGGCUCUCGGAGACGCGGACGCCAAAACUCAAGGACACGAGCGCCCCGAACGUCAACCUGCUCCUCCUCGCGACGAGCGACAAGAAGGAAGAGCUCAGCGACACGGAUCUGCCGUACGCCGAGCCCGUCCAAGACCAGUUUAAAGACGAAGCCCUGUGCGUGCAAGCCUGCUUUGGCGACAAGGUCGCGCGCUGCCUCUACUCGAACGCGUGGGCGCCUCGCGUCGAAGGCCUCAGCUACCUCCAACGACUUCUCGAAAGCAAGACGUGCCACGUGUCCGACGCCAACGUCGUUGCCGCCAUGGACAAGAUCUUGACGAGCGCGCUCAGUGACCGUGUCAACGCCGUGUACGAAGCCGGCGUCGGGCUGCUCAUGGAAUUCCUCGUCGGGCUGCUCAUGGAAUUCCUCAUUGGCAGUGGAACGAGUGACGGGCCGCGCCAAGCAGCGUUGCAAAAGGUGCUGCGCCCGCUUAUCUCUCGCAUCGUCCACAAGCUGGGCGACUCGAAGGCGCGGCUCCAAGUCGUGAGCGAGGACGCCCUCCUCUUCUUGUCGCGGCAGACCCUCAUCGGACCGGAAAUGGUCGUCGAGGAGAUCCCAUCCUCAGCCGCGACAUCGACGACGCUCCUCGCCAACAAACUCACCUUGCUCGCGAAGCUCAUGCUCGAGUUUGGCGUCAAAGAAGCCGGCGGUGCGCUCCCGUUGCGCCUCGUCUUGCAGCCCGCGGUCACGUCAUGCGAGAACAAGGACCCGGCCGUGCGCCACGCGGCGCUGCAAGUGUUUUCGGAAGCGUUCAAGGUGGCCCGGCAAGCGACCAUGCCGUUCCUCAAUGGCCUCGCGCGGGGCGCGCGCCAAAAGCUCAUCUCCAAGCUCGUCGAGAUGGGCGUCCUCGAAAGCGAUCUGCUCAUGGACGACGUCGACGACUUUGAUAUCGCGGUGGACCCGAUCCGACCGGGCACGUCAGGGCCGCGCCCGCCGACCGCGUCCGGGUCGUCGACCAAGCACCGACCCGCACUCUCCAGUGUUUCGCUCUCAGCGCCCCAUGCGGGCAAUGCAUGCGAUGCAGCGCUGCCGUACGGCGCUGCGCUCACGCCCGAGCAAGAAACCGAGUGCGCGCGCCUCCUGCCCGUGCUCGGCGAAGGCGUCGUGCGCUGUCUCGUGGAUAAGAACUGGGCCCAGCGCGAGGCCGCGGUGCGGGAAAUCGAAAAGAAGGUGCUCUCGUCCGUCAAGUCGUCGGACGCGAGUGCGCUGCCGCAAGACGCCACCACGCUCCUCGUGCUCUCCGAGGCGCUGGAGCUCCUCUUGAACGACACAGUAGCCCGCGUCUAUCAGUGCGCGCUCCGGCUCAUGCAGGUGGUGGCCACCGAGUUCUUGCCACUCGUGCCCGGUGGCGACGUGGUCGUGCGCUCGACACUCCGCACCGCCAUCGACGUCGUGAUCCAGAAACUCGGCGACUCGAAGCAGCGCAUCCGGUCCGACUCGUUUGCACUGCUGCACACGCUCGCGGGCUUGCCGCACGUCGGUGGCGCGGUCGUCGGCGGCUUCCUCCUCGACAAGUACACGCAGCUGCUCGGAUCGUCGCCGGUCGCGAUUGCCGAGAUCCUCAUGCUGCUCACGUCGCUUGUGCGCGAGUCGGCCAAGUCGACGCCACUGGACGUCGCGCCGAUCCUAUCGGUCGUCGUGCCCGCCUUUGAAAACAAGCACGUGGACGUUCGGAAUGCCGCCGUCGCCGCGUACACGGCCAUUUACGACGUGACGAAAGGCGGCACCGACACCCGCUUUGGCUCGGUCGACGUCAAUGCGUGUCUCUCGACGCUCAAGGCGACGGUGCGGGAAGCGAUCACGCGCAAUAUCGUGCAGAUCAAGAAGGAUGCCACGCCGUUGCAAGACGAUGCGGCCCCCGAAGUCGAGUCGGCGCGCGGCCACCACGGCGUCGACAUGGAAAAGAUGGAGGCGUACGUCGGCUGCGACGUCUGCUUGCUGCUCGCGUCGCCGGUGAGCAUCAAGCGCCGCCAAGGCGUGCUUCAGCUCCUCGAGUGGCUACCGAAGCGUGGCCACGACGCCAAGCUCAAGGGCAUUUGGGAGAUCCUCUGUCUUCUCUGCAAGCAACUGCUCAUCGACACUGCGACACCGGUCGCGCUCGCCACGUGUCGGCUCCUCGGUCUCAUUGUGGACGCGCCGGCGCACGCUGUGUAUGCGAUUCCGUGGGGCGAGUGGGGCGUGAAUUUGAUUCUGAGUUCGACGAUCCGCAGCAUUUUGCAGCAGGCGUCGCACCCUGCCGUGCGCGUGCGACAUGAGGUCAUGGCGCUGCUCCGCGCGACUUCCAAGCGCCAUGCAGUCGGGCGCAACGUGGUCUCGACCGCGGUGCUGAGCGCGCCGGAAGAUCGGUCGUCGCCCAAUGCGUCAUCGCACGAGAAGCGCAAGAGCCAUCUCGGUACCAUGUGGCAGCUCUCGCUCCGACUCGAGCUCAUGGACGAAAUGCUGCAAGAGAGCGUUCGCGGAUCGCCCCAAGCUGGGCAAAAGGACAUUUUAUGCGUCGAAAACGUCGUGCCGUUCCUCGGGUCGUCGUGCUUGCCCCACCCGAGCGCCCACGUCCACGAUUGCACGCGCAAUGUGCUCCAGCUCCUCCAAGCCCACGACGCGGUCGCCUUGUCCAAAGCCAUCGCCGUCUGCUCCGGUAUCCUCCAGCGCAAGCUCCAGACGUUCAUCGACGACGAAGCGAGUGCCGACGUCAAGAAAGACCCGGUGGUCGUUGUGCGCGGCUCGCGCGCGUCGCACGUCCGGCGCAUCGCCGCGCUGCGACCCCCGCGGUCCGUGCCGCUCGACGACACGAAAGCGCUUGGCAACGUCUGCAUUCGACCGCCCAACUCGGCGCGCGAUGGAUCGCUCACGUACGACGAUGAGGACGGUGGCGAGACUGACGGCGAUUGCAACAACGCAUAUGGGCGGAUCCCGACAGUCGCCAUGGGCGGUAGCGACGCGGUGCCGCUCUGGCUCAGCGACAAGAAGCCACUGCGCACGGACGACGAGCCGGCGAUGGGCGGCGCGUCCGGGCUCGUCAAAGCCCGUCGGAAAAGCCGCCGCGCGAGCAGCAACAACAACCAUGACGACGACGACGACGACGGCGCGAGCAUACGGGCGUCGUAUGCAAGGACGAGCGCGUAUUGAAGCGACGACAACAACGUCCCCCGUUUCCACGAAAUACGACGAUAUACAGACAAGAUUAUAUAGGUUUAAACACGAUGGGUACAUGUG